AUGCCCAAGACAGCACUCAUCAGCGGCGGCGCAAGAGGCAUCGGCAGGUGUCUUGUCCGACGUUUCUGCGAACUGGGGUACAAUGUCUAUGUAUUCGACAUUGACGAAGAGGAAUUGAACCACACGGUCAACAGCCAUCUCCAGAGCUACACGGAUGCCCAGAAGUUAUCCUCGAGUGUAUGCGACUUGCGCGACGCGGAUGAGAUUCAGAACAAAGUCGACGAGGCAGCGAGGUUUCUCGGCGGCAGGAUCGACGUUUUGGUCAACAAUGGAGGUAUUGCGACGCCCCAGUGGAAGGAUGGCCGGACUAUGGCGGACCAGGAGACAUUGGCUCAGUGGCGUGCGUACAUAGACACUAACCUCACCGCGCCCUUCGCUGUUUCCCAGGCCUGCCUGCCAUAUAUGCGCCAACCAGCAGAAGAAGCUCUUCACGUCAACGACAGUGACGCCGGCCCCUGCAUAAUCCACAUUGGGAGCUUCCGCGCGCACCAGAGCGACCCCAACCAGGAAGGAUACGCCAGCAGCAAGGCGGGCCAGUUAGGUCUGAUGCACAGCAUGGCCGUCAGUUUAUCGCAGUGGGGUAUCAGGGUGAAUCUUGUCGCGCCGGGCAGGAUCAAGGUCGCACACGAAUGUAAGGAUGGCGACGAGAAGGGGGUUGAGUGGGCUCAUUUAAAUGAGGAUGGCGACGUGGAGCAUCACUUGACUAAUCGCGCUGGGAGGCCCAAGGAUGUUGCUGAUGCGGUGGAGUAUUUGGCUAAUGCUGGGUUUGUCUCGGGGCAGGAGAUUAUCGUUGAUGGGGGUGCGAGCAAGAAGAAGGCUUAG